AUGUCUUCGGCGGCCCCACAAGAUGCGAUUGCAGCAGCACAGGGUCAGGCUGCCGCCGCCUCAAAAAAGAAGAAGAACAAGAAGAACAAGCCCAAGAAGGCGCUCGACAUCAGCACCGCCAACAGCACCAACGAUGGCGCAGGCACUGCUGAGCCCAGCCCUCGCGACAGCAACAGAGACUUAUCAGCCGACGAGGAGCCAGACACCCCGGUGACAGAGAGUAGUGAUACCAGAAAGGAGAACCCAAAGUUCCCGUCGACCUCCGCGACCGCCCACGACGACGCACAGGGUAACGGACAUGUUCGAGCGCCAUCCGGGAAUGGUCAUCCUGUCUCCCCAGACCCCCGUUCAACACACGCGACAUCCACGAACGACACAAGCGCAAAACUAGAGGCAAUGUCAGAAGAGCGAGAAGCCCUCCGCAAGGAGGUGGAGCAGCUCCGAAAGCAGCUCGAGACGAUACAAGAAUCCCACACGUCGGAAGUCAGCAAACUGAAAACAGACCUCGAAGAGAGCGAGUCUGCAAAGGAUCAGGCCGAGGAGCAAUACCAAACACUAUUAGGGAGGGUCGAGAAGAUCAAGCAAACGCUCGGCGAUCGCUUAAAGAGGGACCGGGCGGAGCUGGAAGAGGCAAACCAGCGCAUUGAGGAACUCGAGGCGCAAAAUGAGGAGCUACAGAAGGGCGAUUCCUCCCAUGAGGAGCAAAUAGCCAGGCUCACGGAUGAGCUGCAGGAGUCGAAUCGCGAGCUAGCGACCCUGAGGAGCCGAAAUAACUUGUCGCAGCAGAACUGGUUGAAAGAGAAGGACGACAUGGCGAGGCAGGUACAGCAUUUCAGGAGUGAGCUAGAGUCUACAAGUAGCGCCAUGGGCGAAUGGGAGGUCAUUGCCAUGGAAGAGCGGCAGGUGCGGGAGAGUCUCACGGAGAAAGUAGCAGAUCUAGAGGAUCAGCUGUCAUCCGUGAGGGAGGCUUACGAGAGAGCUGCGGAAGAGAGGGACAGUUCUCUUCAAACCAUUGACGGGUUGCAAAGAGCUCUACAAGAAAUCCAAGACGCAAGGAGAAAAGAGCUGAGAGAUCUCGUUGAGUCUUCGGAAGAACAACUCCAAGAAAUGAAGAAGCGGGUUGAGGAAGCCGACAGGAGGGUAGCAGAGGCCGAAGAGGCCAAGGAGAGGCUCACGAAAGAGCUGGAGAGGACUGCUCCUUUCGAGAAGGAGGUCAGGGAGAAGAACUUGCUCAUCGGAAAACUGAGGCAUGAGGGUAUCAUACUCAAUGACCACCUCACAAAGGCACUGCGGUACCUGAAGAAAACAAAGCCAGACGAACAGGUGGACAGGCAAAUCAUCACAAAUUACUUCCUGCAAUUCCUCUCGCUCGACCGGUCAGACCCCAAGAGGUUCCAGAUAUUGCAAGUCAUCGCGGGCUACCUUGCCUGGACGGACGAGCAGAAGGAACAAGCAGGGCUCGCCCGCCCCGGCGCCUCGCACAGCACGCUUCGCCUCCCAGUCUCGCCCUUCCACCGAACACCUAGCACACCGUCCCUCAGUACCGAGUUCUUCUCUGAAAACGCGCCCACGUCCGGCAAGGAGUCUCUGGCGGACCUGUGGGCAGGCUUCCUCGAGCGCAGUGUGGAGGAAGGCCGGCCGAUCGACGCCAUGGGCACCGACUCGAGGAAAGGGAGCGUAUCUAGCAGUACGGGGACAGGGGUACCCGUAACCAAGCCGGAUGGUGGCAAAGGAUAG